GUCCUCAUCUCACCAUUUUUGCGAAGAACCAGUCUUCUUUACAUUUCAGUAUCACCUCCAGAGCUAUCAACUUUUCCACUCAGUUCGAGUUCAGUUACGAGUGCACAUCAAACACUUUUCUCCAGUUCACGAUAGGUUUGCGUCCGGAUAGAUUCACGCACAUUGAAUUGGAAUCCUGGUUGUCUGCUUUCAUUUUGAUUCACAUCGGCUGUCCUGCCCUGCACUGAAUUCGAGCAGCCUCCAACUUCCACUUUGCUCAAUCUUCCUCCUUUCGUGAUCAUUGCUCUUGAUCCGAUGCUUGGAGUAAUCUCUGUGUCACUCCUGUAGCACCGCGCAAGAAGUCUCGUGACCAGCGGGCACAUGCGCGCACACAAGUUGUGACUCUCCGACGGACAGUUCAGCUUUGUUCGGGUGAGCCGGGCUUGCAUCUCGAGGAGAGAGCCUCUUAUUGCUGGGACUACAUUGAGAAGUAUCAACUACCGUAUCACCCUCUCCACGACCAAGGGUAUCCUAGCAUCGGAGAUAUGCAGAGCACACAGCGGAAGGAACCGGAGGUAAUCGGAAACUGCAACACCUUGGAGGUUCUCGACGUGAGGCAGAUCUGUGGCCGAGAUAGAUUGAGGAUGACGGAGAUGGCUUUCAGAGGAUUCAUGUCUAGCACCAAUCUACGAGAGAUAAUCUUUUACCCCAUCGUAUGGAGUUCAGAUGAGGAAAUAGAGAGCUUGUGUUUACAGCUGGGGGGAAUCCUGUAUUCCUCUAGCGUAACAAGAUUGAGAAUAGGGGAAUGCGGAUUGAGUGCCAGAUGUUGGUUGAAUCUCGCCUCAGGACUGCGAGGAAAUUCGAAAUCUAAACUCGAGUUUUUACAUUUAAGUAACGCGUGGGAGGACUCGAGUGCGGUGAAGCAUGUGGCUGACAUGAUCAACAGUGCUCCUCGAUUACAAUGGUUGGAUUUAUACAGCGGUUUAGAAAUGGAUGAUGAGGCCGUUGGAAUGCUAUCCCAAGCUUUGAUCCAGAGCUCGUCUUUGGAAUGUUUGAAUUUAGAUGGGGUGAAGUGGGGAGCGGCCUUAUUUCUGAAAGCUUUGGCCGGAGACGAUGGCAACCGAUCCAUUGAAUCUCUUUCACUGUCACUGUCCUUGAAUGGUAUCGAUCCAUUGGAUGGACUCGGAGACUGUUUGAGGCAACUUCUCACUUCCAACCCAUCAUUGAAGGAAGUGGGGUUGAAAUGCUUGCGGAUGCGUCCUGAGGAAUGGCAGCAGCUCGGCGAAGUCAUACGUGACAAUGCUAUAGCAACACAUAUUCAUCCAGAGUUUCGGUGGGAAGAGGAUGAAGAAGAUGAGUGGAAGUCAAUAGAAGCUCUUGCGUGUGCUGCUAGCUCUGAUGUCAAGGAUCCCAUAGUGUACCUUGAUCUCACACUUCCCAGUUACCAUGAUUAUGUGUUAUCACUAAACCUAUUAGGUAGGGUACUGCGCGGGGAACUCAAAUCUCUAUAUUUUUUAUCCAUAAAGUUGGGAAAUUAUUCACCUGGAAAAAAUAAAUAUUUACCACCUAGCAACGAAGAUAGAUUGAAUGGAAACACUAGAGAGACUUCAGUCCUGAAGGCGCUGCUAGUAGAAGUUGAAAACAAAGAUGUUUGGAAGUACCUGCUUCUGUGUUUGCGAGGUAACACAAGUCUCACUCACUUGGAAUUGUCUGGCUUCGAACUCGACAAGGAGUCGUUGAGGGACCUGAUGGGGCUCCUCCGAGGGAACACAAGUCUCACUCACUUGGAUUUGUGUGACUUGAUGUACGAACUCGACGAGGAGUCGUUUAGGGACCUGAUGGGGCUACUGCAAGUCAACUUGACUCUCCAGGACAUAUAUGUAGAUAAAAUAACUGACGGACAGGAGGCGCAGAUUGAAGAGGCGCUCAAGCAGAACCAGAAGCGGGCCGAGUACAUGUCCGCCUUCAGAGAAGCCAAAUUAGAAUUUGAAGCUGCAAAAGCCGGUCGACUCUUCUUGUGCGGCUCUCCUCUAGCAGGCAAGACUAAAGUGUGUCAAACCCUGAUGAGGAUAGUUAAAGGCAAAAGUUGGAUUGGCAGCAAAGUGAAGGAGUUGUGGAGAACACAGGGAAUUGAAGUGGAGUUCUUGCAAAACAAUGACAAAAAGCAGAUCUCAAUUUGGGAUCUUGCGGGACAAGAAAUUUUCCGUACCCUUCAAAAUGUUCUCUUCCCUCAAACCAGCAAUUUUUGUUUUUUUCUAUUUGUAUAUAGCCCCUUCUGUCAGUUGAAAUCUCUUGUUAAACCAUACUCUUGUUUCCAAAUAGAGUUGGAGGAGUGGUUGAGUUUUAUCACAUCCAGCACUAGGGUCACGGGACAUAAUCGUCCACAAGUUCUUGUUGUGAUUUCACACAAGGAUAAAGUUACAUACAGUUCUUUGAAUUGGGCUCACUCCAUAGUGAAGGAGCUCACCCACAAAUUUGCAAAAUUUGUGGAUCUCCAUCCAAAGUGUUUUUAUGUGAAUGCUGGGAAGAAGAAGCAAGUUAUUCCUCUCAAAGAUAAAAUUUUUGAGAUCUUUGAAACAUUGUUGAGUGACAAAUCCCCACGAGUUCCACAAUUGUGUUCUAGACUCUCUUUCCUCUUGAGUACAGAGAUCAAGGAGAUCAGAAGUUGGCCUCUUUGGUCCUCCAGAAAGUUGUUGAGUGGCAAAUCCCCAGAAGUUCCACAAUUGUGUUCUGAGCUCUCAUCCUUCUUGGUUACAAACAUCAAGGAGAACAAAAAUUGCCCUCUUUGGUCAUCUCAAAAGUUUCAUCUGUUCUGUGAGCUCAGCUUGACCCAAUAUAUUCCAUCAUCUUCUCCUUUUGCUUUUGAUCAUUCAAGGAUUUUAAAAUCAAUAUUAUCCUAUUUGAAUGACGUUGGAUCCAUUGUUUCUAUCCCCAACCUUGAUUACAUCAUUGUAGAUCCGAACUGGCUAACCAAUACAUUGUUAGGUGGGCUGGUAGCUUUGGGUCAAGAUUUCCAAGCUCAAGACUCCGGGUCUUCUUCCAGAAUGAUGUCAACUCACUCAAAUGCAAGCAAGGACGGAUUUGUGAGUGAGAGUGACUUUCAUCGGUUGAUCAAGGACUUCCAGCAAAAGCAACCACAUUGUGUGGACAGACAUGUGCUUGAAGACAUCCUUAUCAAUUUAGAUUUGUGUUUCAAGGUGGAAGAUACUUCUCAGUAUUUCAUUCCCUCCUUCAUACCUGAGCAUGCAAGCACGGAAGAGCAUAAGCCUCAAGAAUUGGCUUGGAAAACUAGGGAUCAGACUUCAAAGUUUGUCGGCAUCCGGAUUCAGUGCCAAGAUGGAACAACAAUGUCACUGACCGCUGCUUUCUUCCCAUGCUUCCAGAUGUUCAUGAGACGCAAGUUGAUAUCGGAGAUGAAUGUUUCUAAGAAGAAUGUGACCUGCUCUCGCCAUUAUCUACGACUUUUCCUUGAUGGAUACGAAGUCUACGUCGAGCAAGGAACGUCUCACAAGUACGUGGAUGUUCUGAUGUUACGCUCGAAGCAUAAAUCAAGGUCGGAAGCUCUGCAAUACGCGAUGAAGCAUAUCGUCCAAGAGUUGAUGUCAUUUUGCGCAUCAUCCAAAGGCUGUCCAGGGGUGGCGUUAGUGUUGGGUGUGAUCCAAACACGUUGCGUGGAGAUGCUAGUUCCAAGUGAUCUCAGAGGAGCCAUUCUGAUCGAGGAGCUCAAAUCAAACUUCAUUCGUCGCAUCAAUAACAAACUUGAGGAUAUUCCGCCGAAUAUGUUGCUUUUGGUGAAGGAGGAAGAGUUGUUGAACUAUGAGCACUCUUGGCCCCCGAUUGAAGGGCACACACCGGUAAUAUUUGAGAGAGCUAGGGAUUUGCUGUGGGAAAGCGAUGUGGAAGGGGUUGUGAAUGAGAUCCAACAGAAGUGCUCUCAACACUUGGAACCCUUUCGGCAAGCCUUAAUAAGCGUGAGCAAUGAUUUGGAUCAACCUUACACUGAAAGUGAGAACAGGGUUGGCAACCCGAGUAAUUCAGACCGACUUUAUAGGUCCAACUUCCUUAAGCUGGAUGAGAGAUUGAGAUCAGUGGAGAGCGUGGUCCAGAGAGUGGAUAUGAAGCUAGGACAGAUACUCACUUUCCAUCAAGAAUUCCAGUCAAGGUUGAGUGACUUCAUGUGUAAAGUGGACAGGAUGAUUGAGUAUCCUGAAUCGCUUCAGCAGGCAAGAACUCCCAAGAGACCUUACGUGACAAACGAUGUUGGUGUUCUCUAUAGGAUAAGUGCAAUUCUUCAUGCCGGUACAACCAUUCGCUUAUACUUGAUGUGUGAGUCGGUGACUGGAUUUCACAAAGUCAAAGAUCAAGAAGGUUUAAACAUACGCUUGGAUCGGGAAAAUCUCAAGUGGCUUCGGAAAACUAUUGAAAUCUCAUGCAAACUCGUGUAUUACGCUGUGAAGGCGGGACUGGAAAGUACCCUCAGUUUGAGCCAAGCGAUUCCGGAUUGGAAAGAUUUAGAAUCAGAUAUUGUUAAACUAGAUAGCAUUAGCGAUCGUGAUCGUAGGGCAGUUCUAAAAGGUGGGGAAAGCAUGGAGCUAAAAGAAGCAUGGCUGAGGAUUCAGCAAACUCUUGCGCCUCAGCUUCGACAUAGCUAUUCGGCAAAAUUCAAGUUGUAUCAGGUGAAAUACGUGAGUCUAGAAUUAGGUGGGCAUGCAUGGGUGUGCGAGGAGUGCAUGCAUAAAGGUCUUAGUAGCGGAAUUUUGUCAGUUUAGGAUUUGUAGGAGGUAAGAAUGUCAUUAUGCAAUUGACAAGGAUAUGUUUAGACGCUCAUGUAAUAUGAGCAUCUGCGAAACCUUCCUUAGGGUUUUCACUUGUACAAGUCUUUCAUAACUUAUGCAAUCAUGUCAAUCGCGCAGUUAUUUUUCUAAAGAAG